GUCUGGGAAGAACAUGUCGCUUCACGAGAGGGGCCAUGUGCACGAUUGAGAGGUUCAUGCCGCCUCAUGAGAGGGGCCAUGGACACAAAUAAAAAGGGUGUGGUGAUGGAGCAUUAUAUCACUAGUGAAUAUGUCUCAAGAGGUCCAUGACCGUUAGACAAGAAGGCCAUGGACAUGAGUAAGAAGUUCAUGGCCGUAAGACAAGAAGAUCAUGGACAUGAGUAAGAAGUCCAUGGCCGCGAGGCAAGAAGACCACGACCCCCUUUGUGAGACACCACAUGCUUAUCAAAAGACUAGCAUGACACAAGAUUCAGAACAAGACCAGGCGAGGCAAGCUACACUCCAAGCCCCACGACGGUUACAAGAGAGGCCCCCUGGGCGGUUACAAGAGUAACCACCACUCUGAGGAAGCAGGGAGCGAUUCAUUUUGGGAGUUAUCCAAGAGGCGGUUUUCUACCGAAGAAGGGGGAGCGGUUCUUUGUAGCGGUUAUCCAACAAGCAGUUUUCUAUGGCGGUUACCUCCUCGUGGCUAUAAAUAGGAAGAGGGGUCGACAGAGACAAGGGUUCCAAAACCAACACUCUGACACAUUGUCAAGUUUAUCCUUUACCUUUUUCUCUAUCAUGUAGCCAUAGAUGUAGUUCGUAGUUUGGAGCUCUCGUCGAACCUCCAUAGGAGUAGAAGUAAUUUAAUUUAGAUCUCGUUCCCAGAAACCAUCAAUCAAACAACCUCGUUCGAACUUUGUUUGAAGAGGUGUGAGCCGUGUAUUAGUAAUCGUUGCCUUAUGGAGGAAAACACCUAUCAACAUCAAGCUUUCUCGCAGGAAAACACCUAUCAACAUCAAUUUAUGGAUGUAUUGGUAGUAGCAUCUCAUUUCAACGCAAGCUUUCUCGCAACGAAAACACCUAUCAACAUCAAUUUAUGGAUGUAUUGGUAGUAGCAUUAUGUUAUGAAAUUAUGGAGUUUAUCCAUUGGUGCAUAGAAUUGAUACAUGUUGUAAUCAAUUAGAGAGAAGAGGGCCCCAACUGCCCUGAAAACUCGAGUACUAUACCAUGGGGCGGAGUGGUUGAUGACAUUCAAUCUCCAUCUCUCUCUCUCUCUCUCUCUCUCUCUCUCUCUCACUAUUUAUGGCGUUUCUGAAAUAACGCCUCCCAAGCCAAUCCAAUCCCCACCCGCCCUCCCACAUUACUCACUCUCACUCACACGAGUUGGAGAAAGUCAAGCGACUUCUCCAUCUCCAUCCCCAUUUCCUUGUUCACCACCGACUCCUUCUUCUUCUUCUUCUUCUUCUUGUAGCUAGCUAGGCAUGGGAAGAGAGAAGCUGCAAGGGCGAAUCAUCAUAUGUCCUGCUGCAGCGCUGCUGCUGCUGCUGCUACUUUUCGUGGGUUUAGUUACCUGUAGUCAUCAUCAUGCAAAUCAUCAUCAUCAUCAUCACCACGGAGGGAAAGAAGAAGAAGAAACAGGAGGAUCAGAAGCGGAAGGGGACAGGAUAAGGUCGCUACCAGGGCAGCCGGAGGUGAAGUUCCAGCAGUACUCCGGCUACGUCACCGUCGACAAAGCAGCCGGGCGAGCCCUCUUCUACUGGCUCACUGAAUCGUCUUCCUCCCACCCCCUCUCCGACCCUCUGCUCCUCUGGCUCAAUGGAGGACCAGGUUGCUCAUCAGUGGCGUAUGGCGCUUCGGAGGAAGUAGGGCCCUUCAGGAUCAACAGGACUGCUUCGGGUCUAUACCUCAACAAGUUCUCAUGGAACACCGUCGCCAACCUGCUCUUCCUCGAAUCCCCUGCCGGCGUUGGAUUCUCCUACUCCAACCGAUCCUCCGAUCUGCUCGACACCGGCGACAUUCGCACCGCCAAGGACUCACUAGAGUUCCUGGUCCGGUGGAUGGACCGGUUCCCUCGUUACAAGAACCGGGAGGUCUACCUCGCCGGAGAGAGCUACGCCGGCCACUAUGUCCCUCAGCUGGCUAGAGAGAUCAUGCUCUACAACAAGAACUCCAAGCAUCCAAUCAAUCUCAAAGGGAUCAUGGUUGGGAAUGCAGUGACGGACAACUACUACGACAACCUAGGCACCGUGACCUACUGGUGGAGCCACGCCAUGAUCUCCGACAAGACGUACCGCCAGCUCAUCAACACCUGCGAUUUCCGGAAGCAGAAGGAGUCCGACGAGUGCGAGACGCUCUACAGCUACGCCAUGGAUCAAGAGUUCGGCAACAUUGAUCAGUACAACAUCUACUCGCCACCUUGUAAUCGCUCCGAUGGAAGUAGUAGGAAUACUCGGCAUUCCAUGAGAUUGCCUCACCUUCCCCGUAACAACAAGGCUCCGAGGGAGCUGAGUGGGUAUGAUCCAUGCACGGAGAAGUAUGCAGAGACAUACUACAAUAGGCCAGAUGUGCAGAGUGCUCUCCAUGCUAAUAUAACCAACAUUCAGUACAAAUGGACUUCUUGCAGUGAGGUUCUGAAUCGGAACUGGAACGAUUCAGAGACAACCAUCCUCCCAAUAUACAGGGAGAUGAUUGCUGGCGGCCUCAGAGUUUGGGUUUUCAGUGGGGAUGUGGAUUCGGUGGUGCCGGUAACAGCAACAAGGUACUCUCUGGCACAGCUCAAGCUGGUGACCAAGCUGCCAUGGUACCCUUGGUAUGUUAAGAAACAGGUUGGAGGGUGGACAGAGGUAUACGAAGGGCUCACAUUCGCAACGGUGAGAGGAGCAGGACAUGAAGUGCCACUGUUCAAACCAAGAGCAGCUCUCCAGCUUGCCAAGUCUUUCUUGAAAGGUCACCCUCUCCCUAAAUCCUGAUGACAGGCAGGCUCCCUCCCAAAGGGGAUGGACAGUAAUCAACAGCGUCUGGUUUCUUCAGCUUUGUUGGUAGAGGGUAUGUAAGAAAGGGUAGUCAGCUAGCAAGGAUGUGAGUCAGAAAUGAAAGGAAAACAAAUCCAGAGAGGCAGGGGAUUUGGGAAAAGUAGAGGAGAGGAAUGAUAUGUGUUGAUUGAAGGGUAUUGUUGGGCUGUAAUUGUGGAGUUGGUGUUCUGCAUUUUCUCUUUGUAUUGGGGAAGCAAGUAUUUUAGUUGAUUUGACUAUUUAUCCUCUGCCUGUCUCAUGGUCAAGGAAAACACUUGGGGAGGGGAAAAUUCAAGAGUGUUUUUCCCCUACUGUUUUGUGAUUCUGUAAAAACCAUUUCAUUAGGAGAAGUGACGUUUUUUUUUUACAAAAGAUAAUCGAUAUAUUAAUAAAAAAAGUAGUUACAUCAUGAAGUUUAACCAGGUCAAGAAAUCAAACAAACGACUCGCAGUCGGAUACAAUUAAAGGACAUUUCUAGCCACCAAGUGGGCUACCCUAUUACUAUGCCGACCUACAAACCGCACACGAAGACCCUGGCCACUGGGCAUUCCAGAAAUAAAUGUUCCAAGGAACAAAUAUUUCCCUUUAUAUACUUGGGCAAGAAGAGAGGAGGGUUCAGUCAGGAUACGCCAGCCAAUUUUGGCUAGAAGCCCCAUCCCCCCCCUCAUGUUUACUUUUGCACAUAUUUCUCCAGGACAUCCACCUUAUUUUCGAGUGUCCAUUCUCCACACCCCACCAAAAAUCGGGCAACAUGUUUAUCCAAUAGUCGACAAAGAGAGGGGAAGUUUGAAGCUGGACAUGACAUGUAAAGGCAAGGCCAACGCGACUGAUUUAAUUAGUGUUUCUUUCGCUGCCCACGACAGAGUCCUUUGUUUCCACCCCUGUAAUCUGGUUAGCAAUUUUUCCUCCAGAUAGCGAAAUGUUUCCAUCUUUGAUCGAGCUAUUAGAGUAGGCAGUCCCAAGUACUUAUCAUGGACCCCCACGGCCCCAACACCCAGGAUCUGGGCCAGGAACUCUUGAUCUGGAAUGGAGAUGUUUUUGCUAAAACAGACCGCUGACUUAGCCAAGUUGACCCUUUGCCCACUAAGUUCCUCAUAUUUAUUUAACACUGUAAUCAGAUUCUCACAUUCCUGAAGAGAUCCUCUAAGGAAUAGAUAUGAAUCAUCAACAAAGAAUAAAUGUGAGAUACGUGGGGCGCGAUGGGCAACCUUGACCCCUCCCAAUUUACCCUCUGAAAUAGCUUUUUGCAGAAGGGCUGCAAACCCUUCUGUGCAAAUUACGAACCAGAGAGGGGAUAGAGGGUCACCCUGCCUAAGACCUCUUGAAGGAGUAAAAUAUCAUUUGGGAGUGACAUUCCUAAGAACCGAAAAAGAUGUUGACCGGAGGCACUCAUGUACCCAGCCUUGCCAGGUUGAGUUAAAAACCCAUUUUAGCUAAUACCGCAAGAAGAAAGGGCCAUUCGACUCUAUCAUAGGUCUUUUCCAUAUCAACCUUAAGAGCCAUGUAACCUUUCUUACCCCGCGUUUUGAUCUUCAAAUAAUGCAUUAACUCAUGCCCAAGAAGGACAUUGUCCACGGUUUGCCUUUCCUUAAUAAAAGCAUUUUGGCCUU